AUGGGGAAAGAGAAUCUUCUGUUUUUGCUGCAGGUAUUUCUGAGCUUUCCUUUCCUCCUCAUCUUCCAACAUUUAUGUUAUCCUGCAGAUGUCACGAUGGAAGAGCCAGUUGAGGAUGGAGCCUAUCAUGAUGUAGGUUUCGAGGAACAUGGGUGUGCUCCUGUACCAAGUUUCUCGAAACCCGACGCUGGAUUAUUAGCCGAUAUGUUGGCUGAGCAGGCCACCAGAAGAACCGUGGGACCACCCUUUGAGAGUGAUUCAUUCACAGCGCCAGUCAUUGGGAUUAACCCAAUAUCGAUUCCCGGCAUAUCUAGCUUACCUCGGAGUGACGGACUUGCAGGACCAGCCACCGGGACUGAUACUCUUAUGACUCCUAGCAUUCCCCGGAUACCUGAGGAUGAUGGACCUACAGGACCAGCCGUUGUGCCUGAUGCCACUACAGUUUCUGGGACUGAUA